AUGUACGUGAAAUUAAGAAGACUGCUUUUGCGAUCAACAACUUCCAGAACAAUAAAUCAAGAAACAAAGGAACAAAACUCACCUAACGACAGCGAUAACGAUUACACACCAAACACCAAAAAGAAAUCCGUCAGACCUAAAAAAGAAAGAAAACAUGUGAAAGACUCGAAAAAGGACGAAGAUCAGAACAAAAUUUGGUCGUGCAAAAAAUGUAUGGAGGAGUUUCCGACUUUAAGAAAAUUGCGGGCUCACAGGAAGAUGCACAAGGCCAACGAUGAAGAGGAGCAUACGUAUAAAUUUGAUCACAUUCAGGAUUUAUAUAUUUGCAAUACGUGUUCGGCGGAGUAUCAGGAGAAGCACGAAAUUGAGAAGCAUAUUAAGAUUCAUAAUGAAAACUUCGAAUGUAAAAUUUGUCAUGAGAAGUUUCAGAAAGCUUACAGUUAUGCCGUUCACAUUGUUACUCAUACAGAUGAUAAAACUUUCAGAUGCCCAAACUGCAGCUAUUCAACAACCAAGAGGACAGGUUUAUUAAUUCACAUUAAUUAUGUUCAUCUAAGGAAAUUUUACUAUGUAUGUAACACUUGUGGCAAAGGUUUUAAUGACAUUGUCCUAUUCAAGGAACACGAUAAUGAACAUUUAGGUUUGCGUCCUUUCGUCUGCAUUGUUUGCAACAAAGACUUUGCUUACUCAAGGUAUCUUCACACCCAUCAAGUUAGAAACCACAGGGUUAUGAUAGAUGGGGAGUUGCUUCCCAAUCAAUGUACAUUUUGUCAUAAAAUUUUCAGUAAGUUAGUCACAUUGGAAAAACACAUGACGGACAGACACUUCAAGAACAAACCGCACGAAAAGAAGCAUCUGUGUGACACAUGUGGCAAAGGGUUUGCGCAGAAGAACAAGCUGCGUGUCCACUACAGGACACACACCGGCUACAAACCGUACAGCUGCAGUUACUGUGCCAAAGCGUUUACCAAAAAGGACUACUUAGUAAUGCACGAGAGAAUCCACAGUGGCGAGAAACCCUACAGUUGCGAGUUUUGCGGGCGUUGUUUUAGCCAGGGUGCACCUUUAAGAAUCCAUGUGCGCAGCCACACUGGUGAAAGGCCUUUUAUUUGCCAAAUUUGUAAUGCCGGAUUUACGUCGAGGGGUGCCUUGAACAUGCAUUGCAAAAAUUGUACUGGAGGAGUUUAA